CAAAAAAAUUGAAGGGCGCAUGCGUAGAGUAGCUCCUUCCUUUUACCUCGUUGCCUUUCUGAGAGCAAGAUGGGUCACCAGCAGCUGUACUGGAGCCACCCGCGAAAAUUCGGCCAGGGCUCUCGCUCUUGUCGAGUAUGUUCAAACCGGCAUGGUUUGAUCCGGAAAUAUGGUCUCAAUAUGUGCCGCCAGUGUUUCCGUCAGUACGCGAAGGAUAUAGGUUUCAUUAAGUUGGACUAAAUGAUCUUCAAAGGAUUAUCCAAGACACGAAAAAGACAUGAAAAACCAUGAUAGUUCUUUGUACAUAAAGUAAACAUUUAAAAAAACCCUUUGGUUUAUGAGUGUUUUAAUGUGACUGGAAGAGUUAAUUGGUUAUAGAAAUAUUUUAAAAAUUAAUAUUUUAUUACCUUCUCAAUAGACUCGUCUCAAUGGCUUAUUUUCCCUGAGUUACAUAAAACUAUUCGUGCCAGUACACCGGUAAAUGGCCACUUUUAUUUUUAUACUUUGCAAAA